AAAUGGCUGCGCCCAUGGAAAGUCGUGACACCAAGAAACUAUUUUUAAAAGACAUAAAUACUAAAAUUGAACAAUCAUUAGCUGGAAGAGAGAAUUCUAAUUUUAUAAUAGAUAUAUUAAAGCUCACUCAGGAAUCAGAUAAGAGAAUUGUCUCGGCAGCUAUCAAAGGACUCGGGAGGAUGUUUACUGUCCUGCUUGCGCGAGAGGAAAUGGUCUUAACAGAUGACAAUGAAGGUGAAAAGAAAUAUAAACAGUGGUUGCAAGAACGAUACAAGGACUGCAUUAAAUGUCUCACUGAUGUGAUUGCCAGUAAAGAUACCAAAUCAGUCACUCAGGAGUUGGCUAUGUGUACAGUAAUCAAACUGCUGGAAGCUGAGUCUAGGCAUCCACUUAGACACACUCAAAAUUUGCAGUACACUUUCCCAAGGUCACCAUUGGAGAAAUUAUUGACGUGUUUGUUGUCAUGUACAAAUGACUUCAGCCAUCUUAUGGUCAGGUUUCAGGAAUACUUAGAAUAUGAUGACAUGCGUUAUUACACCCUGGAGGUUGUCAGUGGAAAGAUACGAGAAAUGAAUUGCAGAAUGCAAAAAGUGGAACAUGGACAGAGAAAGGUUGAAGAAGAGAUGUUUUGCAAGAACACUCUUUGUUUACUGGAGCAGGUUACCAUGCCAGAAGAGGACACUUUGAUCAAUUUUUUAACUCCAUUACCUCCUGAUGAUGAAGAGAUAAGAGCAACACAGUUAAAGGAGCAACGUAAAGCAUUUUCAAAUGCAUGGCUGUCCUUUCUUCUGCUGUCCCUCCCUCUACAUGUCUAUAAGAAAGUUCUUUUUAUGAUGCAUGAUAAGAUUAUACCUAAUAUGAGCAGCCCGGUAAUGCUGACUGAUUUUCUCACUGCAUCAUACAAUAUUGGUGGCGCUAUUAGUCUGCUAGCCCUCAAUGCUAUAUUUAUCUUGAUGACACAACAUAAUCUAGAAUAUCCUGAAUUUUACAAGAAAUUGUACUCAUUAUUGGCGCCAUCAAUAUUUCAUGUUAAAUACAAGGCCCGCUUCUUUUAUCUUGCUGAUCUUUUUCUGUCGUCUUCGCAUUUACCAGCAUAUCUAGUCGCUGCCUUUGCAAAGAAGUUGUCGAGAUUGGCAUUAACUGCACCACCUCCGGCUGUAAUGCUUGUCGUUCCAUUCGUUUGCAACUUGAUCAAAUGACAUCCAACUUGCAAGGUGCUUAUAACCAGACACUCCGAACCAUUAAAAGAUGACCCAUUCCUGGUGGAGGAAAUGGAUCCUUCCAAGUGCAAGGCACUGGAGAGCUCCCUCUUGGAACUAGAGACCUUGAAGUUACACUACGUCCCUAAUGUGGCCACAUCAGCUGGAAGUAUUUCAAGACCAUUCCCUAAGGUGGAAUGGGACUUAACUGAAUUUUAUGAAAGUUCGUAUGAUGAGAUGUUUUUCACUGAAAUUAAGAAGAAAGUGCGACAUGUUGCGCUCGAGUUUGAGCCACCGUCUGGCUUGUUUGCAGGCAAAAUUGAUAAAUUCCACACGUACUGGCUUAUUGAGUGAAGCUGUAGCCACCGUCUGGCUUGUUUGCAGGCAAAAUGGAUAAAUUCCACACGUACUGGCUUAUUGAGUGAAGCUGUAGCCACCUUCUGGCUUGUUUGCAGGCAAAAUGGAUAAAUUCCACACGUACUGGCUUAUUGAGUGAAGGUGUAUCAUGCUUUUGACUGAAAUUAUAAGCAUUUUUUUUUAUCUACCAACAAAAAGCAAUGCUCUACCCAUUUAACUGCUGAGAUUGUGAAUUUAGUUUCAUUUACACUGAAUCCAAAGUUUCGGUCGGAAAGCCUACCAAACAGAUCAGAAAAUUGAAUCAGCGUGUAAAAAUAGGGAUACUGGCGUAUUGGAAACAUGGUCUGCUUGGAUCCGCUUAAGCUUGCUACUGAUUCUUGCAGUAUGACUGACAUUUUUUUAGUUGUCCAUCAUAAACAUGGACAUGCUUUUGAAACUGGUAGAAUGGACCUUUCGCUAAACCCUGCCAAUUGCAUAUUGUUCCUAAGAUCUCACAAGACGACAGUGUAAACAAAUAUGUAAACAUGUGCGUUUGUGGGAUACCCACUUAUUCCUGGCAGUCUUCUGAUUGGUCAGUUAAGUUUGAAUGACAGUCUGGAAAGUUCCAUUUCCAGACUGCAACCCAGGAACAGAAUUUUUUUUUAUUCACAAAAUCCUAUUCAAUUCUUUUUUCAACGCAUGUCAAACAAUUUUGCAAACAUGCAUUUGUCAGCUUCCUAGGAUUAUAUCAAGGCCAAGCCUGAGAGAAACAAAAUAUAAGUCAGCUUUUAUUUUGCAGAGUGGCCUAAAAUGCUUGAAUGAGGUUUAAAAAUUGGAUUCAUUAACUUUUGAUUUCAGCCCUGAGGUUUUUAUCAACCAAAAUGCAUGGGGAUUAGUUAUGGUUGGCUGUUAAAAACUAGAAUUAGGCCUAGGCCUAUAGUAACAAAAAUUCUUGAGAAAUGUUAAUAAUUUACAUAAUUUGGAUUUAAUAAAUAUACCUGGCAACAUCUUUCCAGAGUUUUUUUUUUGUAAUUUACUAUCUUGUUUGCCAAUGCAGCCUUCCAGUUUUUAUAUACCUGUAUAUGAAUGCACAUACAUAUACCGAAAGGUCCACUGAUUAAUCUCAGAUAAGAAAGUAUAAUACAUACUCCAAGUAUUGAAAUACACGCCAUCGUGUUGGGAUUCAAUAUUUCGACAUUAAUUAUGUCAUC